AUGAGCGUACUAAAAGUUCAACCGUUACAGCCCAAUGAUGUGGCACAAUUUUCACAUUUACCGGAGGUGGAUAAUUCUAGCACUCUAGGCGAGCUCCUCUCUGCUCUUGGACACGCUCCGCUUUUCAUGCGUGUAGCGUCUUGUUUGAUGGAGAGCGCUUCUAACAGUGCGGAGGAAAUAAAGCGGAUGUUGCUUGCCAAAGGGAUAGAUGGACAAGGAACAGUGAGCAUUUCUUUUGCGCUUGGCGUCCUACUGGAGCUUGCCUUUGCUGUGCUUGAGACGCAACGUCCAGGAAGCACCCGUGUGUUAGUGAUGACUGCGUUAUUUGACGUCAGUAGCGUUUCUCACACUGCCGUGGAUUGCCUGUUGGGUGAUGACUUGGGGGAGGCGUUUACACUGCAGGCUGCUGCGUUAGGCAUAUGCGACCAGCGCUGGGAUGAGGGUUUGCUUAUAAUGCAUUCUUCUAUUGCACGGAUACUUCGCAAGAAGGCAGAAAUCGCAUGUGUGGAGGUGUGCAUAAAAUUUCUGCUUUUGCUCUGGCCGCGUCGCUGGCGUGGAGCUGGAAGCAGCAUGGCACAUGAGCUGAUGCGUCACACCCGUGCCAUUUGCGAAGCCUGUGAUGCCCGUCAUAUACCACUCAACGAGGAUCUUCUUCUCUGCUUCGACCGCGGUGCGACUCUUCUUGCCCUUAAUGAAGGUGAAAAUUUGCCGACCCCUGCAGAACUUUGGCUUAGAGUUAUACGGGUAAGCCGGGAGGCGGCGAAAAGGGACGUGGAUGCGGUUAGAAUAGGGAGGGCAUGUGGCCGUCUGCUGCAAUUCCUUCGUGACGAGCGGGCCGGGGAUGUGUUGCGGUACGCGUUUGAGUUGGCGUGUGAGGUGAAUGGGAAACAGUCAGCCGAGGCAUCUCUCAUUCUUGGCUGCAACGCCCCGUAUCUCCCUGCCUCGGGUGAGGCGGUGCAGGUGCUACAAGGAGGCGUGGCCGCGCUGGAGAAUCGCAUGGUAUCUGCAGACACAGUCCUCGGGAAGGAGGAGGGGCGCAUGCUGCAGGAGACCGUAUUUGUCCUUCUUGUACGACAGGGGCAGAUGUUGCAGGAAAUGGGGAAGACGGUGCCCGCAUCUCCCUGGGCGGCGCUGCAGGAGGUUGAGCAGCGCAUCCAAAAGAGUGUGAGGUCGGCUCCAUGGUGA